GACUGUCGAACCACUCGCAAUCUUUGAAGAGAACCAUCAAGAUGCCAGUGGUAACAUACGGACAGCUAGCCUCACGUAGGCUCGACUACAUUAUCGUCGGCGGUGGGACGGCUGGUUUGACCCUCGCAGCUCGACUGACAGAGAACUCGAAUAUUGUUGUGGCAGUGCUCGAGGCAGGAGAGCAUCACGCAUCUGCGCCCGAGAUCGAUGUUCCUGGCUAUAUAGGUCGCGCCAUAGGCAUCCCUAAAUACGAUUGGGCCUUUACUUGCGUCCCCCAACCCCGCGCAAACAACAGGACCGUCCCGCAGCCCCGCGGAAAAGGCCUUGGCGGAUCGUCUCUGAUUAAUUUCUUGGGAAUGUUCCGUCCCUCCAAGGCGGAAGCGAACGCUCUGCAAGAGUUAGGCGCUGAAGGCUGGAACUGGGAAUCGAUGCUUCAUUACCUGAAGAAGAGCGAAACCCUUCAGCGCAAGGAUCUCUCGCCAUCAGAUGCCGCAAAGUACGCAGCGGACCCGGACUCCAAGUUCCACGGCAGUGACGGGCCAAUCAAAACAUCAUUUGGUACAACGUUCUACGAGCUGCACGCGACCCUGUAUGAUACGUUGCAGAAUUUAGGCGUUCCGCGGAAUCCAGAUACGGGAAACGGGAGGAAUGACGGGUCUAUGAUGUCCUUGAUAUCUGUCGACGCAACUACGGCGAAGCGAUCCCAUGCCGCGUCGGCGUACCUAGAGCCAAACUUGGACCGCGAGAACUUGCUAGUGCUUACUGGUGCGCAUGUAACAAAGGUAAUCCUUGGUCAAGAAGGCGUCUUGCAGAAAGCUAUCGGGGUCGAGUUUGUCAAGGACGGCAUCGUCCUGCACCUCGACAAUGUCCGAAAGGACAUUGUACUUGCUGCAGGUUCCUAUCAAACGCCACAGCUCCUGGAGCUGUCUGGUAUUGGAAACUCGGAAAUACUCAAGCAGCACGGUAUCGAAGUCAAAAUCGAUUUGCCUGGCGUGGGAGAAAACCUUCAGGAUCACGUUGGAAUGACCACCAUUGUUGAGAUCGAGACCGACGAGCGAACUGCGGAUGACCUUGCCGACCCUGUUUUUGCUAAGGAGCAAGAAGAACUAUACAAACGGCAACAGGGCUUAUAUGCCACCAUACCUGCGCUGGCGUUCGCAUUCCUCUCCGCAGACGCUCUAGGAUCUCCAGAAGACAUCGCGAGCUGGCAGGCACAUGCGUAUGCGGAGUGCACUGAUGCAUUGGCGAAAGUGCAGCCCGCGCUGCGCUCGGGCCUCGAGAAGCAAUAUGCAAUCCACAGAAAACUCUUUGCCGACAAGGAGCAGGCUCAAGCCGAACUGCUCAUGUACACCGGCCGCCAGCGCAUGCCGACCGCGCCGCCGGCAGAGCCGGGGAAGCGCUACAUGUCGCUUGUAUGCGCGCUCUCUCGGCCGCUCUCGCGCGGAAGCGUGCACAUCACGUCGGGUGACCCGCUAGCACCGCCACGUAUCGAUCCGAACUACUUCAGUAACGAUGCCGACUUAGCGCUCCUCGUGCGUGUGCUGCAGUACGGGCUUAAGGUAUACGCGAGCGAGCCCCUGAGCCGCAUCGUGUGUGCACCAGUCAUGCCAUCCAAGGAGAAGCUCGAGAAGGGGACGGAGGGACUGGUGGAGUAUAUCAGGGAGAACUGCAGGCAGGUGUACCAUCCUGUGGGCACUGCAGCGAUGAUGCCGCGCGAGGAUGGGGGAGUUGUGGACUCGCGCUUGAAGGUGCAUGGGACGACCAACUUACGCAUCGUGGAUCUCUCUGUAUUACCAAUGGAGUUUGUCUGCCAUACUCAGUCUGUGGCGUACGCCAUCGGCGAGAAGGCCGCGGAUAUUUUAAAAGCGGAGCUGGGGGUGGGGAAAGUCUUCUAAGAUAAGAUUUCUUGUCUCUAUGUCAUCAUAUGUGAUCAUGUUGAGCAGCCAGCGCGCGGCUCAAGUUGGAUGCGCUCUCUGAUACCUCGGGCGUCAAAUCUUCGAGACAGCUGACGCAUUCUCAUUGGCCAAUAAUCUCUCCCUCACGGAGUCAACCGUUACCAAAGGCGGGCGGCGCGUUCUUAUUCCUCAUUUUAACCCUCUCUCAAUUCUCUCUGCUUAUGCGUAGCGCGAGUUUUUCUCCUGUAAC